AAUCUACUCUUACGAUCCAAGUCCAAAAUGUGGCUAUCCACCAUGCUCCUGUCCGCUCUCUAUCUUCCUCUCUUGGUAUACGCAGUGUGCCCCGACUACUCGGACUAUGCCAAGCAGCUUCAUGAGCCCUACUCCUCCGGCAAAUACCACCUCUCAUACAUGCGGCCUGCGGCUGAAUGCCGCACCUUUGUCUUACAGGAUAUCGAAGACAAGAUCAAGAGCAUGGAAUCAGUCAUUAAAGACCCGGACUUAUACCGCCUCUUCCAGAACGCCUAUCCCAACACCCUCGACACCGCCAUCAAAUGGAAGGGGUAUGCCGCUGGCAGCGAUGAAGAGCUUACUUUCGUCAUCACCGGCGACAUCAACGCCAUGUGGCUUCGAGACUCGGCGAACCAGAUGCAGUCGUAUCUCCCAUUCCUGAAGGCAGAUUCCUCACUGGACUCACUAGCCUCGCUCUACAGAGGCGUGAUUAACCUCCAAGCUCGCUAUCUCCUCACUUCACCCUACUGUAACUCCUUUCAGCCACCGGUUGAAUCCAAGAUUCCCCCAGCCGUAAAUGGCGCCGCGAGCAACGAUAUCGUGACUCCUCCUUACUCCAACACUAGUGUCUUCGAGUGCAAAUAUGAGCUCGAUUCAUUGGCCGCCUUCCUCGAGGUCUCCACAAAUUACUACAACUCCACCGGCGAUCUAUCAUUCUUCUCAAAGUACUCCUGGGUCUCCGCCAUCUCUGCAGUCUUAGAUGUAGCCGAAGGCAUGAUGACGCCCACCUACGCCGCCAACGGCUCCGUUCUCACAUCUCCCUACACCUUCACACGGGAUACAACCCGCGCCUCCGAAACCCUCGAGAACAACGGCCUCGGCAACCCAACCGCCAACGGCACCGGCCUCAUCCGUAGCGCCUUCCGGCCGUCAGACGACGCUACAAUCUACCAGCCCUUCAUCCCCUCCAACAUGAUGUUCGCGACGUACCUCCUCUCAACGUCGAAAAUCAUGGCCCAACUCAACACCUCCACUAGCGCCGAUCUCGCAACCCGCAUGGAAACUCUCUCGGGCAACCUCCGCGACGCCAUCGAGACCCACGGCGUCAUCGAGCACCCCACCGCCGGGUGCAUCUACGCCUACGAGAUCGACGGCUACGGCGGCCAGACGGUCAUGGACGACGCCAACAUCCCGUCGCUCCUAUCGGCGCCAUUCCUCGGAUAUACGACGGCGGAUUCUACCAUCUACAAGAACACGCGCGCUCUGCUCCUCUCGCAGAAGAACCCGUACUUCAUGGCUGGGCCCGUGCUCUCUGCGAUUGGCGGGCCGCACCUGGGACCUGGCUACGCGUGGCCGAUGGCGGCGAUUGCGCGGAUACUGACUAGUACAGAUGAGGGCGAGAUUGUGGAGCAGCUGGGUCAGGUGCUGGGAAGUACGGCUGGGUUUGGGCUGGUGCAUGAGAGCGUGAAUAGUUGGAAUGAGAGUGACUGGACACGGCAGUGGUUCAGUUGGGCGAAUGGAUUGUUUGGGCAGACGCUGCUGGACUUGGAGGAGAGGAUGCCUGAGGUGCUGGCGAUGAGCUUUCAGGGGAAUGGAAACUGAGGAUGAAGAGCCCCUGAUUCUGAUAGACUCAGCGUGAAGACCAUGGACACAUACAUGGAGUUACUUGAUAGUGCUACGGCUCUUUGAGUGUGACAAUCAAACGUGAACCAAGUACUCCUCUUCAAUAGAGAACAAUUUAACCUAUAGCCCAACCUAUAGCCACGCCUCACAAAAGAAAGCACUCCUAAACAUCAUCAUCCGGCAGCAGCCCCGCCGGCCUCCCAUCCGUAAUCGCAGGAUGCGUCGCAUACUCGCUCCCAAACACCGGCGUCCCAUCCUCUGCGAUCCUCACCUCCGUGCUCACAACUGCCACCUUCAACCCAGGCACCUCGCUCCUCUCCUUUUCCUCC